CCCAGGCUCAAUCCCUUUCUCCUCCCUCUUAAGAGUGCAGCCUGUAAGCACACACCUGAUACAUCUUUUCAAAGGUCUAGCCUCAACCAGACGAAAAGAUGUGCGACCAAACGUUUUUGGCCAUCACGUUUGGCCCGUGUGAUAACUGCAGUCAAAACAAACCUCUGAUGAAUAUAUAUCUGAAGAAUGAGCCCAUCAACUACUGCUCUCUGUGUGUGGAGCUGAUGGCCUGUCAGGGACUGGCGAAGGGCGAAACCAUCCACACGCUGAAAGUGGAGUCCGAGUCUUUGAAAGCCAAACUAGAGGAGGAGAGAGCCAAACUACACGACGUCGAGCUGCAUCAGGUGGCGGAGAAGAUAGAGGCUCUGGGUCAGUUUGUCAUGAAGACCAGGAGAACCUUAAAAGGACAUGGGAAUAAAGUGCUGUGCAUGGACUGGUGCCGUGACAAGAGAAGAAUCGUCAGCUCCUCUCAGGAUGGAAAAGUCAUUGUGUGGGAUGCAUAUACAACCAAUAAGGAGCAUGCGGUCACUAUGCCCUGCACCUGGGUCAUGGCAUGUGCUUAUGCCCCUUCUGGCUGUGCUGUGGCUUGUGGUGGUUUGGAUAAUAAAUGCUCCGUCUAUCCUCUUUCUUUGGAUAAAAAUGAGAACUUGGCAGCUAAGAAGAAAUCUGUGGCCAUGCACACCAACUAUCUGUCUUCCUGCAGCUUCACCAACUCUGACAUGCAGGGCUGUGAUAAGAAGGCUAAUGUGUGGGACAUGCGCUCGGGACAGAAUGUUCAGUCCUUUGAAACGCAUGAGUCUGACAUCAACAGUGUGAAGUAUUACCCUAGCGGAGAUGCUUUUGCAACUGGAUCUGAUGAUGCUACUUGUCGUCUGUAUGACCUGCGAGCUGACCGUGAGGUUGCCAUCUACUCCAAAGACAGUAUCAUAUUUGGAGCCUCUAGUGUGGACUUCUCCCUCAGUGGUAAGAAAGCGGACACAGGCCCUUAA